AUGCGUUGCUUAGUAGCAGCGGUAUCCUCGAGUUUGGUAACGCCAGCCAUCACCGACUUCCAGAUUUCGUCGACGCCGUUCGUCAUGAGCUUCUGGCACCGUGCAGGCUGCGGGGGCGCCUACUCGCACAACGCGACGGUUGGGCAGCGCGUGUUCAGCAAGCGUGAAAUAUUUGGCAUCAGCAACGAGCCAGAGCUAUGCUAUUCGUAUUCUGGAGCACCUGGAGAUCCGAAAAGUAUGAAGUGGGCGUGCAGUGGCGACGGAUCCUAUGUCACUCAGACCCCCUACGCCUCGGAGGACUGCAGCGGGCAGGCGCUCCGGCAGGCGCGAGGGUGGCAGGGCGCCGCCAAGCACCUGGCGAGCCAGAUGUGGGCGGUGGUGCUCUCGGGCAGGAAGUGCCUGUCGGUGGGGGGCCCCACGGGGUACAGCUUCAUUGUCAACGCGAGCGUGCCGGAGUCGGAGCGCCCGUAUUGCACGCAGUCGUCUAGAACCAUGGAAGAGGAGAUUGUUGACCUCGUGUCCCAGAACGAAGCGGACGAGAAGCGGCUCCAGAGGGGCAAGGCGCGCUUGGCGCAGAGCGUUGCGAGAAACGAGCACGAGAGGGAGGUGUUCUUCAUUGCGGGGACCUUCGUCGGUUUCAUCGCUGGCGCGCUCACCAUCACAGCGCUCUACAAACUCGGAGGUCGUAAUAGGAAUUGGAUGCGGCCUCCUGAAGCUGGAGCGCGAGAACUGUCUUGCUCCAUGCUGGCCACUGGGAACGGCGAUACCAGCGAAGGUGGUUUCGCCGAGUUGCCAGGACUGCCAGGCGAGGAGCCACCGAAAUGA